CGCGCUGUCCCCGCAAGCGCGCCUCGGGACGCGGCCCGGCCUCCCCCACGCGAGGCGUCUCCUCCGGCUCCUUCCUCACUCUGUCCUCGGCUCUCCCUGAGGAGCAGGAGACCACCGCGUCUCCCCGCACGCGCGGGGGCCAUCGCCCAGCUGCUCCCCCCAGCCCCCGGACCCCACGACAGAGCCUCGAGGGGCCGAUGCCGCCGCAGCGUCCAGGCCCCACUCGGAGAACAGCGCAGCGCCGCUCGGGUCCCGCCGGCUUGGACGCUGAUUAGUUCUGAGGCGGAGCUCGGAAAGCCAGUCAACAACAACGUAGCGAUAGUAAUACCACCACCACCACCUUCAGGGAGCGCGGUGCUCGUUUGUACGCAUGCGUCGACAUUUCCCGGCCGGGGACGUAGCACCUGGAAGUGGAAGCGGCGGCCGGGCAGCGGCGAGGGGCGCAAAGCCCAUUAAGCGGUGGAAACCGGUACCUGGGAGAUAGGAAAGCAGGACCGGAAGCCUCACUAAUUGCCCAGCGGAAGGAAAAGGUUUUAUUUCCCCGUUUAGACACGCCUGCCCUUUCCUGAAGCCAUGCACAGCCUUGGCGACCCCAGUUCUUCAGCCAGCCUAUUCCACUGCCCCCCUCCCACCCCUGGGAAAGGUGGCUCAGUGGUCUCGGCACGCGACUAGCUGGCGGUUGGGCUCGAGGCAGGAAGUUUCUGAUUGGCGGAGUCCCAGAAGCACCAGGUGAAAAUAGCUCCGCCGGCUGAGGGCCCAAGUCACUGCAGAGCUGGGGCCGUACAACAAAAUGGCGGCCCCCAGCAACUUCGGGACGCCCUGAAGGGGCAGGCCCCGCCCCCUACAGCAGGAAUUCUGAAACCCCCAACACUUCCUCCCUCCGGGGGAUUUGAUCCCUCAUGGCCACCGCUAACAGCAUCAUUGUGCUGGAUGAUGAUGACGAAGAUGAAGCAGUCGCUCAGCCAGGGCCCUCCCACCCACCCCCCACUCCGGCCUCACCCCAGGCAGAAGCCCCUGGCUCCUCUGAGCCCCAUGGGGCCGGAGGAAGCAGUAGUUCUGGCGGCAAGAAAUGCUACAAGUUGGAGAAUGAGAAGCUGUUUGAAGAGUUCCUUGAACUGUGUAAGACGCAGACAGCGGACCACCCUGAGGUGGUCCCGUUCCUCUCCAGUCGGCAGCAGCGUGCCCACUCUGUGUUUUUGGCCUCAGCCGAGUUCUGCAACAUCCUCUCUCGGGUCCUGUCCCGGGCCCGGAGCCGGCCCGCCAAGCUCUACGUCUACAUCAACGAGCUCUGCACCGUUCUCAAGGCCCACUCAGCCAAGAAGAAGCUGAACUUCGCUCCUGCUGCCACCGCCUCCAGUGAGCCCUCUGGGAGUAAUACUUCUGCAGACCCGGCCUCGGAGCCCGGCAAUGCUGAGGCCGCUGUCUCCGAGGCCCCAAGGACCCGUGGCUCCCGCCGGCAGAUCCAGCGCCUAGAGCAGCUGCUGGCACUGUACGUGGCGGAGAUCCGGAGGCUGCAGGAGAAGGAGCUGGAUCUGUCAGAACUGGAUGACCCAGACUCCACGUACCUGCAGGAGUCGCGCUUGAAGCGGAAGCUGAUCCGCCUCUUUGGGCGACUGUGCGAGCUGAAAGACUGCUCUUCGCUGACCGGCCGGGUCAUAGAGCAGCGCAUCCCCUACCGCGGCACCCGCUACCCAGAGGUCAACAGGCGCAUCGAGCGGCUCAUCAACAAGCCAGGCCCCGACACCUUCCCCGACUACGGUGAUGUGCUGCGGGCCGUAGAGAAGGCAGCUGUCCGGCACAGCCUCGGCCUCCCGCGCCAGCAGCUCCAGCUCAUGGCCCAGGACGCCUUCCGAGAUGUGGGCGUCAGGCUACAGGAGCGACGCCAUCUCGACCUCAUCUACAACUUCGGCUGCCACCUCACGGAUGACUACAGGCCAGGCAUUGACCCUGCACUGUCAGAUCCUGCCUUGGCCCGGCGCCUUCGGGAAAACCGGACCUUGGCCUUGAGCCGCCUAGACGAGGUCAUCUCCAAAUACGCAAUGAUGCAAGACAGAAGUGAGGAAGGCGAGAGACAGAAGAGAAGAGCCCGCCUCCCCCAAGGCACCUCUUCCCAGCCUGCAGAUUCCCCCACAGCCUCCUUGGAUUCUGGUGAGGGUCCCAGUGGAAUGGCUUCCCAGGAGUGCCCUACUACCUCCAAAGCUGAGACAGAUGAUGAAGAAGAUGAGGAAAGUGAGGAGGAGGAGGAAGAGGAGGAGGAGGAAGAGGAGGCCACAGAUUCCGAAGAGGAGGAGGAUCUGGAGCAGAUGCAGGAAGGUCAGGGGGAAGAUGAAGAGGAGGAGGAGGAGGAGGAGGAGGGAACAGGUGAGGCUGGAGACAGGAGUCCCGGGCCUCCACCACAGGUCUCCACUGAAAAGAAUCCGGAACCCGGCCGAGAGCUCGGCAGGUCUCCCAGGGAGCAGCACAACACAGGACUCAAAGCGCUAGCACCCUCACUGUUGGAAGAGCCCGCGGCCCGCCCCAGCGUGGGUGCGGAAUGGAACGGGGAGCAGCUUGCGGAGGUGCCCCCGGAGGAAGAGAGCCCCGUGUCUCAGCUCUUUGAGCUGGAGAUUGAAGCCCUGCCCCUGGAUACCACGUCUUCCCCUGAGGAGACGGACGUUUCCUCUUCCAGGAGGCACGCGGAGGAGCCCGUCACCACUGUCUUGGAGAACGGGGCAGCCGCGGUCACCUCCACCUCCUUCAAUGGAGGUGUUUCUCCCCAUGCCUGGGGAGGUGCCAGCCCCCCCUGUAAGAAGUCUCGGAAGGAGAACCGGCAGAUAGCGUCCGGGCCUUUAGGAAACAGCUGCGUGGACCGGGAACGAGCCGUGCCUGAGAAGAACGGGAGGAGGAGCCGGCCCCUGCCCAGCCCACCCUCCCCGCUGGCUUCCACGGCCUCAGCCGCGGACUCCUCCACGAGGGUGGACUCUCCCAGCCAUGGCCUGGUGACCAGCUCCCUCUGCAGCCCGUCGCCAGCCCGGCUGUCCCAAACCCUGCCGGCACAGCCUGCCCGGGCCAGCACUUACAAGACGAGCGUGGCCACGCAGUGCGACCCCGAGGAGAUCAUUGUGCUCUCGGACUCGGAUUAGCUGCCCCGUCCUGCCUCCGUUCGUUCCGGGAUGACAGUGGAGGGGGACGGGGGCGGGGGACUGAGUGACCCCUUCUGGUGGUUUCUUUUAAAAAAUAAGCUUAAGUUUUACACAGAAACGUUAAAAACAAUAAAAUGCUUUUCUUACUGUA